AUGGCUUUGCCAAGUGACUUGCCCUCCGACGCCCCUGUGCCUAAUGCCUUGUGGUCAGACGAUCAGGUUGCCCCUCCGAAACUGCUCGAUAUCCUCUCUCAAGUCGCCCACUUCUUGGACCAAUUGGGCUACACCAAGACGUUCACUGCUCUCUUGAAGGAGGCCAAAAAGAGUGGGCUUACUGUCGACAUCGCCGAGUGGGAACGAGGAAUUCAAUCGAAGACAGCUGUUCCACUACUCGAUCUGUACGAGGGGUGGUUCGAUGAAAAUGCUCAAUUCCCCACCCUCCCGCCCCCGGAGGACUCUGUGGAAGCUGCCGCAGCGGACAGCGGCGACAGUGACAGUGCGAGCGACAGUGAUGUCGAGGAGGACGAUUCAGACGCGAGGGACUCAGCGGAGGGUGCACUUAUCGAUGUAGAGGCAGAAGAGACGAGCGACGACAGUUCUGAUGAAGAGAGUGAGAGUGAAAGUGAGGGCAAAAAGGAAAGCAGCUCCGACGGUGACUCCGACAGCGACUCGUCCGCUCCAGGCUCUGCAAAACAAGGAGUUAAGCGUAAGAGAGUCUUGACACCUCCAUCUUCGUCUGAAGACAGCGACUCCUCUGAGUCUAGCGGUUCCGGUGACGACAGCUCGGACAGCGACGACAGCAGCUCUUCCUCCGACGCCGACGACAGCGAUGCCCGCCCAGCCAAGAGAGCGAAGACGACGGCAACUGCAAAGGCAGGCGCGAAGUCAUCGUGCUCGUCCCCGUCCCACGACGAUGAUUCAUCCAGCUCGACCUCUGAUUCAGAAUCCAGUUCCAGUAGUAGCAGUGACGAUAGCUCGAGCGAUGAGGAUGAAGAUGGCCAUUCAGCCCCAGUCCACGCCAAGGAGAAGCCGAGGCAAAAGAACAAGGAGCAGAAAGCUACAAAGCCAGAUGGAAAGAGCAAGUCAACCAACGUCAAGAGCGAAUCGAAGGACUCAAGUUCACAGUCGUCCGCAACCUUGGAUGCGGACUCGACACCCGAGAAGGAAACAGAAGUCGCGGCGCUUCAGCACAUCCAUCCGGACCGCCUCAAACGCAUGCCCGCUACGAAGAAGGAGGUAGCCGCCGCGGAGAAGAAGCAAGUGGUGCCCUUUUCACGAAUUCCAUCCGACCAAAAAGUGGACCCAAGAUUUUCAAGCAACGACUACGUGUCCUACGACUACGCCGACCGCGCGUAUCGUGACCUCUCCGUCACGAAGGGGAAGGGUUUUACUAAGGAAAAGAACAAGAAGAAACGAGGUAGGCGCGGCCCUUGACAACAAGCUCGCAAAGGCGGAUUCUCUGGACGCGUUGAAGACUGACCAUUCCAACAGGUGCCUACAGGGGCGGUGCCAUCGAUCUCACGCCGAAAGGCAUCAAAUUCGACGACUGA